CCAACGUCCUUGUAUAAGUUGUCUAUCUUUAGGGCCGUCUCUUUUCUCAGACCUCAUUUGUUUCCACCAAAAGAGACGUGUUCUUUCCAUUUCAUCGAUCUCUAAGGAUAGAGGGAACUGAAAGUUAUGGAUUCUACUCAUAGCCAGAAAGCGAGUGAAAUUUUGCAAGCCCAAGUUCAUUUGAUUAAUCAUAUGCUUAACUACAUGAAUUCCAUGGCACUUAAGUGUGCAGUUCAGCUAGGCAUACCGGACAUACUUCACAGCCAUGGCAAACCCAUCACCCUUCCUGAGUUAUUGUCAGCUCUUCACAUCCCUCCAACCAAACUGAGUAAUAUGUACCGGCUCAUGCGAAUGCUGGUAUUCUCAGGCUUCUUUUCUACUACUAAGGUUCUUAAUGGUCAAGGAGAUGGACAAGAAGCUUAUGUUCUAACACCAUCUUCUAGGCUUCUUGUUAAGGGUAACCCUAAUUGCUUGGCACCCUUUGUUAAUUCAUUGCUUAAGGCGGAAUUUGUAUCUCCAGGGCAUCUUUUGGGAGAUUGGUUUCAAGGAAAUGAGCUCACCGUGUUUGAAAAGGCACAUGGAAUGGCAUUUUGGGAAUAUAAUGAAAGAAAACCUGAAUUUAACCAGCUUUUUAAUGAAGCAAUGGCUUGUGAUUCUCGGAUGAUGAACUUGGUCAUUAGAGACUGCAAGCAAAUUUUUGAAGGAGUAAAUUCACUGGUUGAUGUGGGAGGCGGAAAUGGAUCGCUUGCGAGGAUCAUAUCCGAGGCAUUCCCUGAUAUGAAAUGCACUGUCCUUGAUCUUCCACAAGUUAUUGCUAACUUAGAAGGCACUAAGAACUUGAGUUAUGUUGGAGGUGAUAUGUUUAAGCAUAUCCCUUCAGGAGACUGCAUCAUACUUAAGUUAAUUUUGCAUGGUUGGAGUGAUGAUGAAUGCUUGACAAUAUUGAAGAAAUGCAAAGAAGCAAUUUCAAGCAAAGGGAAGGGAGGAAAGUUGGUCGUUAUAGAUUUGGUGAUCAAUGAGAAGAAAGAUGAGCCUGAAUUAACUGAAACAAAGCUCCUUUUUGACAUGCUGAUGAUGUCUGUGACUUGUGGAAGAGAGAGAACCGAGAGAGAAUGGGAAGGACUAUUCUUGAAGGCCGGUUUCAGUCACUUCAAGAUAACACCCUUGCUUGGUUUAAGGUCCCUGAUUGAGGUUUAUCCUUGAGACUGAAGUAAAGUUUAGUAAUCUUAAUAUGAAUGUUGAAAAAAAAAAAAAUUAUCCUCUGUAAGGCAAGACAUGACUAUGAUUUCAUAAGCCAAAUUGCCAAAUUGCCAAAUUUGUAUGCUUGUUGAAUUUUCUUCUUCUUAACCAUUAAGCAUAAACUAAUGGUUCAGAGUGUAUUGUCUUGGAUUCAGAAUUAAUAAUUGUAUUCUAACAUAUACCAA